GAAGAUUUCAAAGAGCCGCCGAAGUACCACACACUGCAGAAAGUAAUAGCACACCUGAACAAGAACGUCCCUGGCUGUGACGUUGAAAUGGAGGCCAAACACCUCCUCCACCAGUUUCAAAACGAAGCAGAAAAUGAGAGCCAGCCUGGGGACCAUCCUGCGGACCAGCCAGGAGACCAGCCCAAGGGCCAGCCCGGGGAACUGCCUGAGGUCCAGCCCGGGAAGCAGCCCAAAGGCCAGCCCGGGGAGCAGCCGGAGGACCAACCUGGGGACCAUCCCGAGGGCCAGCCAGGGGCCCUGCCCGAGGACCAGCCCAGGGACCUGCCCGAGGUCCAGCCUGGGGAGCAGCCUGAGGACCAGGCGGAGGACCAACCUGGGGACCAGCCCGAGGGCCAGCCCAGGGACCAGCCCGAGGCCCAUCUGGGGGACCGACCUUGGGACCUGCCUGACGUCCAACCCAAGGGCCAGACUGGAGAGCAGCCCGAGGGCCAGCCUGGGGACCUGCCCGAGGUCCAGCCCGGGGUGCAGCCCGAGGGCCAGCCCGGGGAGCAGCAGGAGGAACAACCUGGGGACCAGCCCAAGGGCCAGCUAGGGGACCUGCACGAGGUCCAGCCCGGGGUGCAGCCCGAGGGCCAGCCGGAGGACCAACCUGGGGACCAGCCUGAGGGCCAGCCCAGGGACCAGCCUGAGGACCAUUUGGGGGACCGACCUUGGGAUCUGCCCAAGAGCCAACCUGGGGACCUGCCCAGAGUCCAGCCCAAGGGCCAGCCCAGGGACCUGCCCGGGGACCAGCCCAGGAACCUGCCUCAGGAAAAGAACGAAGACGCCUACAUCAUUCACUGCUCAGUGCCGAACAGUCAAGGUGUUGUGUACAAAGGCAUUCUGUUAACGAGCCAAGACACAACUAGAGAUGUGAUCUCAAAAAUUAUGAGAAAAUAUGAUCUGGACAUGGAGGAAGCUGGAAACUACCAACUUGUGCAGGUCAUUUCGGAACACAAAGAGCUAGUCUUCCCACAGGAAGCAAAUGUGCUUUCUUAUAUGAACAGCCAGGGGAACGCAGACAUCAGCCAAAGAAGAAAGCCAGCUUUCCGUGCCUCCCCAUUGUCUGCUGCAGACAAGAAAAAGAGGAGGCGCCUACCUCGCCUCUUUAGAGGCAGCAGGGUCAGACCCGAAUGAGAGCAUCCUGACAAGGAGCUGACACGAAUACCAUUCUCAGGCUGGGGGAGACUGGGAACCUGUGGGGGGUUGGGGUGCAGGCAUGGGAGGGAUGGGGUCAGGUGGGAAUGGGGAGCAGAAGGGAAUAUAAUUUAUGUUCAGGAGGGAUGUUGGGCACAAGGAGUGGGAGGGAGAGGGGGAAAAUGGGAGGGAGGUUUGUUACAAGGCGGGGAUAAGGGUAGGGUUUUGCAAUUGCAAGAAAGCAGACCCCUGGGUGGGGGAAGGGGUAUAUACCCUUCCCCUUGCCCCCCCAGCCCUGCUGGUGCCCCUCACUCCCAACCCACAGCCCCUUUCCCACCCACCCCCAUACCUCCUGGUGCUCCUCCCUUAUCCUGCAGAGAAUGAAAGUAGCCAUCAAUCCCUUCUUCAAUUGCCCUGAUCC